AUCAGCUAGAAAGUGCACCAGAAAAGCGAUAGAAACCAAAAGGUUGUCUGCAAGAAUUUUCGUGAAGGGACGGAUCGACCACUGGAAUCGACUGAAGGAUGAAACGGGUGUGAAAUCUGACGAAGAAUUUGCAUCGCUUGUCUUGGAUUGACAGAGGGGCCAAAAUGGACGUUUUCAUGAAGGGGCUUUCUAAAGCUAAAGAAGGCAUGGCGGUGGCCGCGGAAAAAACCAAGGAAGGCGUGGCGGUGGCAGCGGAGAAGACCAAGGAAGGCGUCAUGUUCGUGGGCAGCAAGACCAAAGACAGUGUGGCUACGGUGGCUGAGAAGACGAAGGAGCAGGCAUCUCAGCUCGGGGGCGUGGUCCUGUCCGGAGCCGGAAACAUCGCCGCUGCCACCGGCCUCAUGAAGAAGGACGAGUUUCCCUCUGACAUGAACACUGAGGAGUUUGGUCAGGAGGCCACUGAGGAGCAGAUGGGGGAGGCGAUGGUGGAUCCAGAAGGAGAAGCAUACGAGGCUAAUCAGCAGGAGCAGAACCAGGACUACGAACCUGAAGCAUAGAGUGACCGUUCCAACUUCAGCGUCAACCAGCAGCACAAUAAUGUUUCUAUCAAUACGAAGGGCAAAUGCUGAACUCAUCCCAAUAAACAAAACAAAAAAAGAUAGUUAUUCCUGCAGAAACAUGUUCUUCCUAUCAGAUCUCUCUAUAAAUAUAUAAAUAUAAAUAAAUAUAAAUAUACUUUUAUGAUGAUCUAUUGUAAAUGUCCUGUAGCGUGGUGAGUACAGUUUUCUUUAUUGACUGCAGGGCAGAGCCUCGUCUCGUUUCCUUGAUUCCCUCCCAAUGAAACGCGGCCCACUCGCCCUUUGUGGCUCUUUGUGCCUGUGGAUAUGUGUUUCUAUUUGUGUAAUAGAUGUUUAUGAUCUUCCAAUGCCAUAUUGGGGGUGAAUGGAAAUACAUACAUACAUAUAUAUAUAUUUGGGUAUACAUAUAAAUAUAUAAAUAUAUAUAUUAUGUAGAGCUAUGUAUGAUGCCUGUA